AUGUUUAUGAACCCUCAGGUCAUGGCACAACCUACAAUGAACAAUCCUUAUGCAUCAGGUCCUUCACAGCCUCAAUACCAGAUAGGUCCUCCACAAAUGGCCCCUGCUGGGAUGCCUCAGAUGAUGAAGCAGCCUCAGGGUCAGCAGUAUCCAUCACACCCUCCUCGAGGAAACAUGAUGGGAGGAGGUCAGGGAGGAUAUCCAGUACGACAGACACCCCCACCAGGUGCAGGUGUCAGCCUUCCAGGAGGCCCACAAGGGCAAGGGAUGUAUGGAGGUCCACCAUCUGCUUCGAACCCUUCGUUUCCACAGCAGAGAAAUCCUUCUCCAAUGGGUCCCAUGCCCCCCAUGCCUCAAAAUCCUCCUCAACGAAUGCCUUAUCCCCCACAUUCAGGUAUGGGCUUUGAUGGUGGGCCGCAUGGAGGAAGUAACCUUUCUCAGCAAAUGGCUGGCAUGACCUUGGGAAGCUCUAUACCACAGCCUGGAGCUGCUAUACAUUCCCAGCCCACAUCCACAAUGGGUGGAUUUGCUUCAAAUCAAGUGAGACCUCAAGGUCCUCCACCAUCCAUGCAAGGAAAAGGAAUGCCACUGCAGCCUCAUGUCAAUGGUUUUAUGCCCCCUCAACAAGACCAGCCCAAUCAGCUCCCACCUUCCAUGGGUUCUGCCUCUAUGUCUAUGCAAAGCCAGCCUGGUUUCAUGAAUGGACCAAUGCCACAGCCCCAGUAUCCCAUGCAACCUCCUCUUGGUCCAUCUCAAGUUGGUCAGCAAUAUCAGCAGCCAAUGAUGGGGGGAGGUGGAUAUAUGGGCCCAACCCCUGGCCAAAUGGCUCCAGGUUCAGCCCCAGCACCUGCUGCUGCUCCACGCCGUCUUGAUCCCGAUCAAAUGCCCAAUCCUAUACAAGUGAUGGAAGAUGACCAGAAGACACGUGGUGGUGUGUUUGUGACUGGUCAGAAAGGUCAGGUGCCUCCACUGGUUACAACUGAGUUUGUGGUACAGGAUCAAGGCUUUGCAUCGCCCCGAUAUAUCCGUUCCUCUGUGUACCACGUUCCUGUUACGGCUGACAUGCAGAAACAGACUGGGAUCCCUAUUGCUCUCUCACUCAGUCCAUUCGCAAUUGAAGGAGAGGGUGAGAGACCACCACCCAUCACAGACAUGGGCCCAAUGGGACCAGUGCGGUGUAAUCGCUGCAAGGCCUACAUGUGUCCAUUCAUGCAGUUCAUUGAUGGUGGCAGAAGGUUUUCUUGCGUUUUCUGCAAGGCCACAACUGAGGUUCCAGCUGAGUAUUUUCAGCAUCUGUCUCACACUGGAGAACGCAUAGACAAGUAUCAGCGUGCUGAACUCUGCUUGGGUGCAUAUGAAUUUAUUGCUACUAAGGAAUAUUGCAAGAAUAACACAUUCCCCAAGCCACCAGCUUUCAUCUUUGUCCUGGAUGUCAGUUACAACAACGUGCGUUCAGGUUUGGUGUCCCUCUUCUGUGCCAACAUCAAGUCACUUCUCAGGGAUCUCCCAAAGGAUGCCGGAAUGACUGAAGUUGAAACAUCACCCAUUCGAGUGGGCUUCAUCACUUAUGACCACUGUGUCCAUUUCUACAACUGCAAGGUUCCCAUGCUCUCCAGCUUUUUCUAUCCUUCCAAGAAGAGAGCUCCUCAGAUGAUGGUUGUGGGAGAUGUUGGAGACAUGUUCAUGCCGUUGUUGGAUGGGUUCCUAGUUGAUCCCACUGAGUCUGCAGGUAUCAUUGAUCAACUCCUGGAGCAGAUCCCUGCCAUGUUCAAAGAUACAAGGAGCACAGAAACGAUCCUUGGCCCUGCCAUUCAGGCUGGCAUGGAGUCUCUCAAGGCCAAUGAUUGCUGUGGAAAACUGUUUGUGUUCCACUCCUCUCUUCCAAUUGGAGAGGCUCCAGGGAAACUGAAAAAUCGUGAUGACCGCAAACUUCUUGGGACAGAGAAGGAAAAGACCAUUCUCACUCCGCAGACACAGUUCUACAACACCCUGGGUCAGGAAUGUGUCCAGGUGGGAUGUAGUGUGGAUCUUUUCAUUUUCAACAAUUCCUAUGUGGAUCUUGCAACAAUUGGACAAGUGGCCAGGCUCACUGGAGGCACUGUCAACAAAUACACCUACUUCCAGGCUGACAUUGAUGGUCAGAGAUUCCAGCUGGAUCUUCAUCAUGCCAUCAGUCGACCUAUAGCGUUUGAUGCCGUAAUGCGAGUUCGUACCUCUACUGGGGUCCGUCCGGUUGACUUCUUUGGCCAAUUCUACAUGUCUAACACCACUGACAUUGAAUUGGCUGCAAUUGACUCAGACAAGGCUGUUUGUGUGGAGGUAAAACAUGAUGACAAAUUGACUGAUGAAGACACAGUUUAUGUGCAAGUGGCGGUGUUAUACACAUCUUGUGGGGGGCAGAGACGCUUGCGCAUUGUCAAUCUUGCCUGUGGAGUUGCUACACAGAUGGCUGAUGUCUACCGUGCUGCCGAACUGGAUACCAUCAUCAACUAUCUUGCUAAGUCUGCCAUCACCAAGUUACCAGAGCUGAAUCCCCGAGCGAUUCGUGAAGGCCUGGUUUCCCGCUGUGCCAAUAUCCUUGCUUGUUACAGGAGGAAUUGUGCAAGCCCAUCAUCUGCAGGGCAGUUGAUAUUGCCAGAGGGCCUCAAGCUCCUACCACUGUACAUCAACUGCCUGUCCAAAAGUGAUGCCCUGUCAGGAGGCUCAGAGAUGAUGACUGACGACCGAUCGUGGAUGAUGCAGCUGGUACUGGCUAUGGAUGUUCCCUCCACUGUGGGGUACUUCUAUCCUCGUCUCCUCCCUCUUCAUGAUCUGUCAUCCAGUGAACCUGAAGGAGAUGCACCCAUCAAACCCCCCAAGCAAAUGCGAUGCCUCAUUGAAAAGCUUCAUGAUAAUGGAGCCUAUCUCCUAGAGAAUGGAAACUACCUAUUCCUGUGGGUGGGUCUCAAUGUGAAUCCAGAAUGGGUUCUCAAUGUGUUUGGGGUCCAGAGCCCAGCUCAGAUCAACAUAGAACGCAAUGUCCUUCCUGUGCUUGACAAUCCCCUCUCUCGCAAGGUCCAUGCUAUCAUUGAUCUCAUUCAAAGCCAACGGCCCCGACACAUGCGGCUCACAAUUGUAAGGCAACGAGACAAGAUGGAGAUGGUGUUCCGGCAUUUCUUGGUGGAAGAUCGAGGUUCUGAUGCAUCGCCGUCAUAUGUAGACUUUCUGUGUCACAUUCACAAGGAAGUCCCCCUCACCUGUGAGUUCAGGUUGGGCUGGUGGGGUCCUACAUUGUUGCACUUGAACCUCGUUAUUGAGAAUCAUAAGGAAAGCUCUUGUAGUAGUAGAAUGCUGGGAUGCAGGGUGACCCUCAUCCUUGGCCUUUUGGCUCUCCUAUUGUGUCACGUUCAUGCAGAGAACAAAUAUUCUGAAGAAGCCAAUACAUAUUACAAUGUGGAUGCUCAAAAACCAUUUCGAAUGGGGAAACUCAACCUGCUGUGGAACAAAGCCAAGCAGCGAUUGGGGAAGGGGAAGCUGAAAGAUUUAAUGGGUGAACUGCAAGUCCAGGACAAGGAGGAAUUGACCCUGAAGAAGUUAAAGUCUGAAGGAGGGGACAAGGAUGGCAUGAAAGAGGCCAAGCUACGUAGAAAACUUCAUGAGACGAUGAAGAAAUACAGCCUGGUGGAACAUUUUGAAAACACAACAGACCUUGGAGUCAGUCCUGAUGAUGCAACACAUGCCAAUGUAGAUGUCCAUAUCUUCAAGGACAAGAAACUCCAGCGUCUCUGGCACAAAGCUGCUCAGUCUGAGUUCAGUGAGUCAGAGCUGAUGAAACUAAAGGAGGAAUUCUUGCAUCAUGAGGAAAAGCAGAAUGAAUAUCAUGAACUCAUUGAGAGCACAGGGCAAGAUGCCAAUCGCCUGGACAAUGAAAUCGACCUUGAUCUUGAUGGAGCAUCUCAUGAUGAUCUCAUUCGGAAUAAGCAUAAAGACUUGAAGGAAGAUUUCCAGAGAUUACAGAAGUUAGCAGGAGGUGGAGACCCUGGCAUAAAAGAAUUUCAAGAUCCUAAAGUGCUGAGAUUGUGGAAGCUGGCCCUCCAAGCCAGUUUUACGCCAGAAGAGCUGGAGAGCUUGAGGGUGGAGCUGCAGCACUUUGAUAAUAGAAUUGUGAAGCUGCAUUACUUGGAGGCUGAGGUGGCCUCAAAGGACAAGAAGCUUGGAAUCGGAGAGAAGCCCGAAGAGGUGACAUCUCGCCUGGAGGAGAAUCUUCAGAAGGUUCGCCGAAAUGUGGACAAGCUCCACGAUGACCUGGAGUCUCGCAUCAUCACCCGACACCUCGAGCUUUAACUCUGAGCCUUUCGUUUCUCAGUGUUCUCUCCAACCUGUGAUAGGCGCCCAAUCAUGUCUGAUGCAAAUCCUUAUUGGAGUCUUCUUUCUUGGGAUCUCCUGGCCCCUGGGAGAGAGAACUUAGUGUCAGUGUCCCAAGCAUCCUUGGUUGUUGAAUACAUCUCCACAUACAGUGAUCUCUGCCAUAUUUUCUUGUGACUUGGGUCUCAUCUUUUGUUCCUUGACAUAUUGCUUUAAUAUCCAGUGGAAACAAGCGAUCA